UUGACAUUCAGAGAUGUGACCAUAGAAUUUUCUCCAGAAGAGUGGGCAUGCCUGGACCCUGCUUGGUGGAAUUUUUAUAGGGAUGUGAUGUUAGAGAACUACAGAAACCUGGCCUCCCUAGGUCUUACAAUCUCUAAGCCAGACCUGAUCACCUGUCUGGAGCAAAGGAAAGAGCCCUGGAAUGUGAAAAGAUGUGAGAGAGUUGCAGAACACUCAGCUGUGUCUUCUCAUUCCACACAAGACCAUUUGCCAAAGCAGGGAAUGAAUGUUUCAUUCCAAAAAACCUUAAAAAUCAUAAGAGAGUUCAUACUGGAGAGAAACCAUACAAAUGUGAAGAAUGUGGCAAAGCCUUUUAACCAUUGCUCAGAUCUUACUAUUCAUAAGAGAAUUCAUAGUGGAGAGAGACCUUACAAAUGUGAAGAAUGUGACAAAGCUUUUAACCACAUCUCAAACCUUAAUCUACAUAAAAUUCAUACUGGAGAAAAACCUUACAAAUGUGAAGAAUGUGGCAAAGUCUUUAAUCAAUGCUCAGACCUCACUAAAUGUCACAGAAUUCAUACCGGAGAGAAACCGUACAAAUGUGGAGAAUGUGGCAAAGCUUUUAACUGCAGCUCAAGUCUCAGUAUACAUAAUAGAAUCCAUACUGGAGAAAAACCUUACAAAUGUGAAGAAUGUGGUAAAGCUUUUAACCGCAGCUCAAGCCUAAGUAUACAUAACAGAAUCCAUACUGGAGAAAAACCUUAUAAAUGUGAAGAAUGUGGCAAAGCUUUUAACCAUAGCUCAAACCUUAAUCUACAUAAAAGAAUUAUUCAUACCAGAGAAAAACCCUACAAAUGUGAAAAAUGUGGCAAAGCCUUUAUUCAUUGCUCAGUCCUUACUAAACAUAAGAGAAUACACACUGGAGAGAAACCCUACAAAUGUGAAGAAUGUGGCAAAGUCUUUAAUCAAUGCUCAGACCUCACUAAACAUCAUAGAAUUCAUACUGGAGAGAAACCACACAAAUGUGAAGAAUGUGGCAAAGCCUUUAACCCCAGUUCAAGCCUUAGUAUACAUAAAAGAAUUAAUCAUACUGGAGAAAGGCCCUACAAAUGUGAGGAAUGUGGAAAAGCCUUUAACUGUUCCUCAGACCUUAAAAAUCAUGAGAGAAGAAUUCAUACUGGAGAGAGACCAUAUAAAUGUGGAGAAUGUUACAAAGCUUUUAACUGCAGCUCAAGGCUUAGUAUACAUAAGAGACUUAUACACGCUGUAGAGAAACCACACAAAUGUGAGGAACGUGACAAAGCUUUUUACCACAGUUCAAACCUUACUAGUUAUAAGAGAAUUCAUUCUGGAGAAAAACGGUACAAAUAUGAAGAAUGGGAAGAGAAACCUUACAAAUGUGAAGAGUGUGGUAAAGCCUUUAAGUGA